AAACUUCUGACUGAAUCUUAGUAUAAGGUGUAUGGGGGUCUCAGUAAGAAGUUCUGCUUCUUAUGUGUGAGUAAAGAAAUGCUUGUGAAGGAAGGAACAGAGUUCUUCAGUGGAGCUCACACAUGACCUGAAGCAUGAGGGACACGCACCGGACAAGUAGCUUCUUCAUUCCAGGUUUUAAUGUGGAAUGCACUUCCUCCACAAAACAAAAACUUUAGGUGCCACGAGACGUGUUGUAAUCAGGAAGCUUCUUAUGCAGCUUGUUUCAGAGCCAGAGGAUCCAGUUUCAGCUGUUAUCUCAAGCUGACAAGGAUCUCAGAGCAGACCUGUGGGUGCACCUGCAGAAACCAUGUCACACAACGGCUUAACUAACGGGAGGCAGACGAUGGUGGUCAUGUCCACAGUGGAGGGGUGGCUCGCUUUGAAGGCUCUGCAGGAUAAACAUGUCAAGUUAACCUUCAGUUCUCUGGGAUCAAAUGAAGUCUGUGACAUGACAGUGGGUGGUCGCUCGGUUAGUUUGCAUUAUGCAGAUUUAAAGCAUGAGAUGACAGAGGAGGGCAUCAGCCAGGCGAUGGACGGCUGCUUUAAGUCCUGCAAAGAUGGAGUCUGUACAUUUCUGCUGCUGAUCCAAGGUGGACAUUACACAAAGAGGGAGAGAAGAAUGGUGGAGAUCCUGCAGGCACACUUUGGAGCCGAGGCUGUAAAAUACCUGGCAGUCAUCUCUCUGGAAGACGGGAAGGUUGCUGACAGGCUGGACGACGCCCUGUUGGAGCUGAUAAAGACAUGCGAUGGAAGAUACUGCAGAGUCACAUCACCUGCAGCCAGAGACGAACUGCACGCUCUGCUGGAGAUGGUCGAUUCCAUGCUGGCAGAAAACGGUGCGACUGGCUACACAGAGAGCAUGCUGACUGAAGCAGAGAAGAGGAGCACAGAGGACUCAGCCAUGAAGAUGCUGAAACAGAAGGUGCAGGAGGUGGAGGAGAAGGAGCAGGCCUUCAAACUACUGGUGCAACAGCAGGAGGAGAGAAGAGCCCGAGAGAUGGAGGAGCUGAAGGCGAAACAUGCUGAAGAAAGAAAGAAGGAAGCAUCUGAAAAGCAGCAAUAUGAGGAAAGGAGAAAAGGUCUGGAGGAGGCUGUGACGAGCCACAGAGCCAUGCUGCAGCUCCAGAUCAGUCCCAGUGAUGCUGAUGACACCAAGAAGACGUCCGUCAUCCUGUUGGGUCUCUCAGGCAGCGGGAAGUCUUCUGCUCUGAACCUCAUCCUGCAGAGAACAGGUAAUCAGUACUCAGUUACUGAGUCCAGUCAUGGACCCCCUCAGCCCACCUCCUUCUGUGAGAGGAGGGAGGUGUUUGCAGCAGGGAGGCGACUCGUCCUGGUGGACACCCCCGAGCUGUGGGACGAGGACGGGGUGGAAAAUCUGCAGCUGGUGAAGGACUGCCUGGCCUUGUCCCUGCCUGGACCCCACGUCUUCCUGCUGGUGCUCCAAGUGGGCCGCUUCACCCAGGGCGAGUGUGAGAUGCUUUCGCACCUGCAGAAGAUCUUCGGGCGAGAUUUUGCAGAGCACGCCAUCGUCCUCUUCGUUCAUUUCGACUGUAACCAGCACAGGCCUCAGAGGAUCGACGACUACGUGGCGGGGGCCCACACAACCCUCCAGGAUCUCAUCAGGAAGUGUGGAUGCCGUUACUACGAGCUGAAUGUGUCAAAGUCCCAGAAUGCUCUGAGCUACCCGCAGGUGAAAGAUCUGCUCUUAGGGAUCAACAAACUGGUGGCUUCACACGGAGGACGCUCCUACACAGUGAGGAGGUUCUCUGUGCAGGAGCUGCAGGAGAGGAAGACUCUGAUUGGAGGAAGGAAGGAGGGGGCCCUGGAGGGGAACUACUUAUUAAGAGAUGCUUGAGUUCUGUUCUCAUGAGCAGGAGGUGAAUACAAUGAAUGCAACAUCUAUAUAAUGUGAUUAGAUCCAAUACAACAAUCCAUACCUCCGGUUUCAGUAAACCUCUUGAGGGUUACAGAGGGGUGGAGCCUGUCCUAGCUGACACUGGGUGAGAGGCCUCUUAAAAAAUAAAAUAAAAAAGAACUAUCCUUUGAUAUUGUGUCAGAUAAAAGUUGAUGUGUGGGAUCAGUCUUGCAGGGAUUUUUCACUGAACUUAAGCACAUUGCAAAUUCACAGCUUUUCUUGUUGCUGUCAUCGUGGUCUGCUUGCAGAAAACUGUCACUGGACACAUUACAAUUUAAGAGACUGAUCUUUUUAUAUAUUUGUAAUUAUGUAUUUCACACUAAGCAAACAUUAAUCAAAUGCAGAUGACAUGUGCAUUCUGUUUUUAGAAAACUGAUCCCCGGCUGACACAAGCAGUCACAGCUGUUCAACAAAUUAGAAAUGAUUAAUAAAUUUGGCAUUGUGGAAAAAAAACUUGGUGAUGUGAUUUUUAAAAGAAUUAUUAAUAUCUAUGUUUCAGCAGAGAGCAGAGGAGGGAGGAGAUGAAGAAGCACAGCUGCUGAUUUGAUUUAUUUUUACUUCCUCACUGGUACGAGGACUUAUCUGACAAGUUUAUGAGAUUCGCUCUUUGAUAUCUUGGUUGGCCAACAGUCACAUUCUUUAACGCCGUCACUCCGACGGUUCAGAUCCAACAAACUGAUGCAGCUGCACGAAAACAGCAAGAUGGAUGUGAAACAGUCAGAUAUCAUUACAGCAGUUAUUGUGCAAGUCUUACUUGAGUUUGAUCUAUGACUUAGUGUGUAAUAAUAUUUGUUUGAAAAUGACUUAACUUUACAGAUUAAGGAAACAAAUUUAUAUCAUUUUACUGUGAUCUACAGAAGAUGUUGAACAUGGUCAGUGUGGUGUUAGUGUGUGUUACAGGUGGAGAUGAGCAGUUAUGACAAAUAAAGGUGUGUAAAAAAGUUGGGAGGAGUUCAGUUUUGGCUCAGCCCCUGCUGAAUAUGUUCGCUCAUAUAAAUAUUUAGGUUUCUGUCUUGAUGAAUUUUUGACCUUCGAGGUUGGAGUCAGGCUCCCUGCUGAUUCUGCUGAUUUAGGAUCAGUUAUCAACGAGUAUUUAUGGAUCCUGGUCAUUCUACAUUUACUUAACUCUGUGAUGCACGGGUCUCUCCUGUAUUAAAUUAUGCUGCAGGGAUAUUAAAAGAACCUAAACCUGCAGACACCAUACAGAACAGAGCCAUACCAAUAUCUAUAUAUAUAUAUAUAUAUGACUCAGGGAAACGUGUGCUGGGUACCAGGAGCUGUGCAACAAAUAUGUGAAACAAUGCGAUUGUGUAACUGUCCAAUCAAACAGGAGUGAAUGACACAGAUGUCCAUGAGCUCUGCUCUGUUCAGUCACUGAGGAGGUGGACAUGUUUUGUAUUUACAGGAGGAACUUACACAGUAGUGUCAACUCUAUUUAAAAAAAGCUGUUGAUGAGAAAUGGAUCGAAAACAUUCAGUCAGUGCCUAAAUUAAGGGCAUACAGUAUGUGCGUAUUAAACAGAAGUUUGGCUCUGUAACAUGCCGUUUAUCUGGAAGUGAGAGCUGUUUAGUGGCACAGCUGAGAGCUGCUGUUCUGCUUUGUGAAGACAUGCACAGUAAAUGGUGCCAUUUUAAAAUUAGGAACAUUCUUGUAAAUGUUCAGGGUGGUGAUCUGAAUCACUUGCAGGGGGCCCGCUCUCUCUCUAUGGGCCCCUCCACCCUGGGCUCCCCAGUGCAACUACACUGCCUGCACUGCCUACAUUUACGCCCCUGCUCUGGACAGAGGAGUGAUUUGACAAUACUGAAGAGGAGAAGAGAAUGAGCUGUGUGAUUUGAGUGAAGUGGAAAGUUUUCUCCCUGUACACUGUACAAACUAUUAUGACUUCAUGAAACAGCUCAUCUAAACCCCGACAUCUUCUGGUGCUCAGACGACCAAACGAUAGAAUGGUUGUUUAAUCUUAUGUGUUUAACUUUGACAGUUUUUUCUAACAAAAUGCUGUACAAAGGAAACAUGUUGUUGAAUUAGUUUGCAGUUUGAUUUCUCAGUGCUGCACGUGAACUCCACAGUGGCGUAAUGU